AUGUCUACCACAAAACCGGCCUUCACGGCCACGGAGACGGAAACACCUACCUCCGCCGCUUCGAUCAAGUCCAUAAAGUCCAAGAACCGCAAGCGUCUUAUAGUGCUCUGCGACGGUACCUGGCAAGAUUCAACCGCCGACAACGCAUCCGACUACCCCUCCAAUGUCACGCGGUUCUCACGCGCUCUCAAAUCCUCAACCUGGGUGCCCAAGAAAGACGAGAGUGGCGACCUAGAAGAGGUCGAGCAGAUAGUCUACUACCAGAAGGGCGUCGGCACCGGCACGCUCGACGGCCUAAUCGGCGGUGCAGUCGGGCUAGGCGUAUCAGCAAACGUGCGCGCGGCCUAUGCUUUUCUCUCGCACAACUACGACCCCGAAGACGAAAUCUUCUUCUUCGGCUUCAGUCGAGGCGCCUACACGGCUCGCUCCAUCGCCGGCCUCGUCAACGCGCACGGCCUGCUGACCAAGAGGGGCAUGGACUGCUUCCCCACGCUGUACAACCUGUACUACCGGAAGCAGGACAAGACCAAUGCCAACGACGCAGAGGAAGCCCGCUUCGUGCAGAAACUGGUCGACGCGGGCCUGCUGCAGCGGAAAGCGGCUGAUGCGGUCGAAGUGGUGGGCGUCUGGGACACGGUCGCCUUCCACCAAUCAUGGUUCGGCAAGGGCCCACUGGGUCGCCUCCUGGGUAUGGGGAGCGAGCGGAUCGAAUUCAGGAACGCGAUGCUCAGCAACAAGGUCAAGUAUGGGUACCACGCCCUUGCACUCGACGAGCGCCGCAAGGCCUUCCUCCCUACUCUCUGGCACUACCCGAAGACCGGUUCGGACGAGGCCAAACCACGCGAAGAUGGCACCACGACCAAGGAGAUGGAGCAGGUGUGGUUCUCGGGAAACCACACCGACGUCGGCGGUGGGCACGUUAAACCCACCCUCUCGGAUAUCCCGCUCGUGUGGAUGAUCGCGCAGUGCAAGCGAGACAACAAGCUCGCAUUCGACGACGACUACCUGCUUGACAAGCAGAAGGUGAAAGCGGCCGCCUGGGAUACAUGCCAUGGCGCCACCGGCAGCGGCUCCAAGGGGUGGAUCAGUUCGAUCGCAGAUAAGAUUUGGCGCGCUGCGCCGGUCCUCAGCGUUGAUAGGCAGCCCCUGAAAGAGAACGGCACGAACGAGAGCAUCCACUGCUCUAUUGCGGAUAGGGCUUUCGGGACGUGUAAGGGGAGCGACAAGGCGAGAAGGUAUGAGUGUCCGUGUCUGACUGGUGAUUGCAAUCAGGAGGGGUGGCAGGUCAAGUGGGAUACAUCGAAGCGGUUGCCGACGAAGGAGCCGCACGAUGUGGAACACCGAUUCAGGGGUCGGGUGCGGAAGGCUUCGAAUAGUUUGGAAAAGGAGUAG